CGGCGAACCGACGUCAGUUCGGUGAUGGUCCGCGUCGGGCGAACAAGUCACGAAUUCCGUUAUUCGCAAGCCAGUGUCUAGUUGGCUGUGCGUGUGGCAAGCGAAGCCCUCUUGAUCGGAUACUUGUGGCGAAAACGGGAUUGGCCGAAAAUCGACACGUGUCGAAAAGCAAGUGAACGAUUGCUGUGUCAGUGCCCGAGGAUUAUAAUCUAGAGUGCGAUGUUGACGCGUGAUUUUUGAGCGACAAAAAACUAUAUUGGCAGAUAAAUCCAGCAAGUAUUGUUUCGUGACAGGGUAUCCACUCGACUCGCCCAAUUCGACGGAACAAAGCGGUUGACAUUUCGUUUGGGUUUUGUUGUUGUUUUCGUUAGUUUUUAAUUGAACGCCAUGGAGCGUGAAUCUAAUCCAAUGCAAGCGCUCUGCCGCUCAGGAUGUGGAUUUUAUGGCAGUCCUGCAACCGACGGACUCUGCUCACUUUGUUAUAAGGAGGCCCUCAAAAAGAAACAACAGCUUCCAUCCACCCCCACGAGUCUUAGUGCCCUUAGGGAUACGGCGACUGCCCAAACCACAAUCAACCACAUUUCGUCUUCACCAGUUCCGGAUCUUCCUGAGGCCGUCGAUGAAGCUGCGGCAAGUGUAGCCGGUUCAAACACGACCACCGAAGCAAGCCCCGCUCUUACCGAAAAUUCCGCCGCCACCAACAGUCCGGACGUCGAACACAAUUCCGACGACAAGGACGCCGACAAAGACGCCAAAAAGAAAAAAAAUCGCUGCGCCACCUGCCGCAAGAAGGUCGGACUGACCGGUGUUGCAGGUUUCGAAUGCCGUUGCGGGGGUCUGUUCUGCGCCAUCCAUCGAUACAGCGACAAGCACGACUGCAGCUUUAACUACAGGGAGAUGGGAGCCCAAGAGAUUAGACGCAACAAUCCAGUAGUAGUCGGAGAAAAAAUUCAAAAAAUAUGAACCCCGCCACUCAGUGCCAUGCACCCCGCAAAAGUGAAUGGACGCUACCCGAUGCGGGUGUUGUUGAAAUUAGUGUGAAAGUGACUAUUACCGGUGGUGUUGCGUAAUCGGAAGCAGCACCGAACUGUUCUACAAAAAAAGGAAAACAAGAAAAACAAAUUUUGCCACCUUAAAUUUGUCGGAGGGAAUAAAUUCAUAGAUACAUGUCAUUUUUAGCUUCUUUUUCUCUUUGUUUCUUUUGUUGUUGUGUAUAUAGUCGAUAUCGGUCCGCGGGACGACGCCGGGCCAACCGGAAGCAACCCAUAUGCAAGGAGUAAUGCAAUUAUUGAUAAUCGAAAUUUAGUUUGGUUAAUUGAUGUGUGGGGGUCAGUUCAACGUACAAAGUACAGUUUGCUUCUCUUGGUUAGUUAAAUUAGGAAUUUGUUGAUCGUUGUGCUUUGUUUUUGGAUUGAAACCUGACCAUGGUAUGUAAACACGUUAGUUUUAUUUUCUCAGAGCAGGUCUAUUUUACUUUUCGUGCAAAUAUAGAGUGAUAAAGUUAAAAACUAGGUUGGAGUCAAGUGGAGUUAUUCUAAAUGUUUUUGUUUAAAUGUUGCCAACACUGUGGAAAGUAAAGUUAGUGUCGUAUGUCAGUGCAUAGAGAUUGCAAAUUACGGGAGUGUUAUUUUGUGCAUCUUUAGAUCUUGACUAUGUUGGCGAGAGAGGCCCCGACGCCGUACUUUCAAAAAGUUUUUCGUUAUUUUCCGCGAGGGGGCGCUCACGCCAAUAUGGCGGCGUAACACACGGAAACACUUGCUUGUACUUGUCAUUUGAAUAUUUUUCUGUUAUUCUUAUUAUUACGAUUUAACAGUUUGUUAUUGAGCUUUUCAUGUAUUUAGAAUUUCAAAUUAUCCUUCUGUCCGUAUGCUGCAUGUAGAGAGAAAAACAACUCAAGUUAAUCAAUGGAUAUGUAAAUAAUAUGUUACCUCAUCUGACGUUUGUCUGAAUUCGUUUCGUUUAGCUGGUUUUUCUUUUAUUAAACGAAAUUCAGAUGGGCCGUCACAAGUUUUCUUGCAGUUAUUUCCUCACGUAUAGUAUCUAAUAAUCGUUGGUUGUAAUCGACUUUCAUUCAAUUUAAUAAACCAGAUUUGUGGCACUAAGAAACUCUGUAAUCAGCAUUUUUUUCUUGUUUGGAUUGUUAAUCUCUACUUUGCUUCUGUUUAUUUUCUUUUAGUGUUAUAUACUAGACAAUAACGACUUUCCUUUUCGAACUGACUUAUUAAAUUGAAGCAAAGUUUUUUGCCACUAACACUAAAUUUCUUCAGUGAUGGACUCAUACUUGUUAGAAAUGUGGUUUGUAUUUAAUCAGAUGGUUACUUUUUUUUGGAACUCUGGAGCACAGAUUGUAAAUAGUUUCUCGUUUGUAGUGAACGAAAUGGAUGGUUUUAUAAUCCGAGGAUUUGAACGAACAAACAGUUAAUAACUUAUUUUUUGAAGAGGUGUGAAAUAAUCAAUUGAUCAGAUACAAACUGUUUACAUAACUAUUAUUAUUAUAUAAGUAAAGCCUUUGUGGCGCAAUAUCUAAUAAAUCUAUUAUUAAAA